GUGGAAUGGAUGUGAAAAUGAAACGAUAAAAUGUUGCCGUCGUGUUCCCGGCGCGCACAAUCGAUCUCUCACCAUUUUGACAUUUCGUGCAGAAGUGUGCUUUUCGGAAUCACUGGCAAAAAACGUUGAACACAGUACCAACUAUUAAAAUGCCCUGCCCACUCGCUGAAGCUAUCCAAGCCCAAUCAAUUUGGACAAACAAAGCACAAUACGUGGAUGCUGAACGAAAAUUCCACAGCAAGCUGCAAAGUGAUGCGGUAAAUGUUGAGGAAAGUACAAAACCGAUCUCAGAAAAUUCAAAGAAAAAUAAUAAAAAAGGCAAAAAAUCAAAUGCUGAUGCAGAACCAUCCGAUACAGUCGAACAAACUGUAACUGAUACACCCAAAUCGUCCUUCGAUAAAAAGAAUAAAAAUGAUAAAAACGCCAAAAAGCAACAGCAGCAGCAACAACAACAACAGCAACAAAUCGAAAAGAACACAAACGAAGAAGCUACAGCUACUGUUGCCGAUGAUUCAAAGCAAAGUGCUAAGGCAAAAAAGCAAAAAGCCAAAAAAGAAAAAAAAUCUGCCAAGAAGCAGCUUGAAGACAGUAAUAAGAGCAAUGUGUCAUCCAUUUCGGAGGAUAUAUCGAGCACAUCUGAAAAACGCGAUUUGCCCAAAUCCAAAUCGAAACUAAAGCCGGAAACUCCAAAGGCUACCAAAGAGAAACACAACGCAAAACAUGAUCUCGUCAAAGAUGAAAAUACCAAGGUACACGUUUCUGGUGGCGUUUCCGAAGAAUGUACACUUGUCUCCGAAAUCGCAAAAGCGCGUCAACAUCUAAAGAAUUCUUUAGAACGCAUGGACGACAUCGCCGCUUUAGCUGGAAAGGAUGUUCUCGACCGUAUCUCCGCUUUGGAAAAGGAAAAUGCAUCACUCCAUCAAGUGGUCAAUGAAUUGAAAAAGUUGCAAUUACAAUCGGAAAACCGUAUCAAAUCAUUGGAAGAGCGUUUGACCGGCGUUAGUGUUAGUGCUCCAGCAAAAGCACCGGCUGCCCCAGCAGCUGCACCAGCCAAACAAGACGACGAUGACGAUGAUGUCGAUCUCUUUGGUUCAGAUGAAGAAGACGAAGAGGCCGCACGUAUCCGUGAAGAGCGUCUGUCCGCCUAUGCCGCAAAAAAAUCCAAAAAACCAGCCCUCAUCGCAAAGAGUUCCGUUUUGUUGGACGUCAAACCAUGGGACGAUGAAACCGACAUGAAGAAAAUGGAAGAAAAUGUCCGUACCGUCGAAAUGGAAGGUCUUGUUUGGGGUGCCUCAAAAUUGGUGCCAGUCGGCUAUGGUAUCAACAAAUUGCAAAUUAUGUGCGUCAUUGAAGAUGAAAAAGUCUCGACCGAUGAACUCCAAGAGAAAAUCGAAGCCUUUGAAGACUACGUUCAAUCCGUUGACAUUGCUGCAUUCAACAAAAUCUAAAUGCACUCACACAUUUUUUUACAAUUACUUCGUGUCGAUGCGUUGCUUCUUUUUCACUCCUUAGCUUCAUUUAAAUCCAUCGUUUUUUUUUUCAAAAUUUAUGAUGAGUUUUGUUUUCUAUUUUGAAUUUUCUUUUUUCAUUGUUCUUCUUUUAAAAAACAAAUAUCAUCAAUUGAUAAUACAAAACAAUAAUCAAUAUGAAUAUAUAGAAAGAUGCUUUGCAUUCCUAAACUAUUGUGUUGUAGAACAAGUAGCAAUCUCAAAGAUUAUCAAUGUUCUCCUCACCAUUUAGAAGCAGAACGAUAAAAACGGAUAUAAAAUAAAAUCUUUGUCAUUUAAUCGAGAAAAAAAAAUUC